AAGAGGGGGGUGAAUUAGAGUUCCAAAAAUUCUCUUUUUUUUGCAACCACAAAACCAAAAUUAAAGAAAGUAGAGAAGAAGAGCUUGCUCAAUGAUUUUUAAAGAUUUUCAAUGAUAAGCUACUGAAGAUACGUGUCAAAAGUGCAUACAAACAGCAAUCAAAAUCCAGAAAAAUACUUUUCCAAGCUAAUCAAGGAGCAGAGUUCUAUGGCUUCUUAUUCCAAGUAGGUCCAUGCCAUUUCCUGCCUAUUCUGGUGGAAAUGGCAGUCGGCGCUAUUCUGUGGAGCCUAGAAUCCCUACUGAGGACAUGGCAUGAGAAAAUUUGGUUGCCUCUGAUCUUUAAUGAUUGAGGGUUAGAAAGCAGAAAUUUGUUGUUGAAAGAUUCAUCCAACAUUUGCACCUAUGUUACUCAUUCAAAUCUAUCAUGAAUUAAUUUAUCAUCUGGUUCACUUUACAUUCUCUCCUGCAAUGAUAUCUAUCAUCUGAUGCAAAUGAACAUAUUAAAUCCAUGUAGAAGAUCUGUGCAAUUAGCUGACUGAAACAAUAUGCAGUCUGAGUUUUUCAUUUUUUCUCAUUUUGAAGUCACUGGAAAGAUCGGGAAGAAGAUUGAAAGAAGAUACAUUUUUCUUGUGGUGCAGCUAGGACUGUGAACUGAGAGUGAUCUGUCUCUUCCUUUUAAAAAAAGACUAUGAAGCUUCAUAUACCUUUAGGACAGGAAAUCCAUUCUUAUUUGUGAAUCUGCAAUGCCUGCAACUGCAUGUCUCUCUAUCCUUUUCACUUAUAACACUGAUUUCUUCCAACCAUCCAACCAAGUCAUGGACAGAGCAUAUAGAGCAUCAGGUUUUCCGUUAGUCAUCAAACCCGGCUGGCAAGCUCUUUGACGAAUGACGGUCUGCUGGGUAUCAAUAUGUAUAAUUCAGUUUGUGCUCCUGGACAUGAAUCAAUCCCUUAUUGAUGCUGUCUACUAUGACCCUUCAAAUCUCACAGUUUUGAAACACAUUAAUAGGGAGUGUUCAUUUAUAUAUUUAACAUCUCUCCUGUGGGUGUAUGAUUUAUUUAGGGUGUCAUACUUGUAAUACUAUUUUAUUUUUAAAUUAAUUUUGUAAGUGUAUAUCCAUUCAUAAAGACUUCAGUGUUUU